AAUACAAUCUGCUUGACAUCCGAAUCUAAAAUACAACACGUUUUAACGAUUUUGAAAUCUGUCUGUUUUUAAUUUUCUAUAUAGAGUGAGAUUGCUUUUGGGGAUUUUUCUGUUUUUUGAAACGAAGGAUGGAUGAUAUCAUGAGUGUUAAUAGUCUGGAAUCAGUGUACAAGAAUCUCGCUAAAGAAGUUGACAGCAUUACAAGUUCUAAUAAUCAAGAGCUAGGAGUUUCAGAUGAAAUUAAAGCCAUUGCAUCUGAAAACGAGAAACUUGAAUAUCGUAUCAAUAUUUUGAAGAGAAGAGCUGAUGAAUUGAUGGAAAGUGUUGCUUUAAAAGGAUCAAUUUUAAAAUAUUUAGCAGAUAUGUUCAGUGCUGCAAUUCACAAAAGUUUCCCCGAACUUGAAGAUUUUGAUGCUGUUGUGACUCGUUCCACUUCAGAAAAAUUUGGUGAUUAUCAGUGCAACAGUGCUAUGAAUGUAGCACAAAUUUUGCGACAAAAGGGUGCUAAAUUGCCUCCAAUGGAAGUAGCUGCUAAAAUAGUUGAAAACAUAGGGCCUAAUUCAGUUGCUGAAUCAGUAGACAUAGCUAAACCAGGCUUUAUCAAUGUGAAAGUAAAAUCUAGUCUUUAUAGUCAACGCAUAAGUUAUCUCCUUACUGAAGGAGUGAAACCACCUCCAAUGAAAAAACAAAAAAUUGUUGUAGAUUUUUCAUCUCCAAAUGUUGCGAAAGAAAUGCAUGUUGGACACUUAAGAUCCACCAUUAUUGGAGAAAGUAUUUGCCGACUUUUAGAAUUUUGCGGGAAUGAUGUGCUGAGAAUCAAUCACAUUGGAGAUUGGGGCACUCAGUUUGGCAUGCUAAUUGCUCACUUGCAAGAUAAGUUUCCCGAUUAUCUGGAAAAAUCUCCCUCUAUUCAAAACCUCCAAGAGUUUUAUAAGGAAUCUAAAAAAAGAUUUGACAGUGAUGAAGAGUUUAAAAAGAAGGCAUACUCAUGUGUUGUACAGUUACAAAAUUAUGAACCAAACAUGAUGAAAGCCUGGAAUCAAAUAUGUGAUGUUUCACGAAAAGAAAUUGGCAAAAUCUAUGAAUGUUUAGACAUAAGCUUAAUUGAGAGAGGAGAAUCUUUUUAUCAAGAGCGAAUGAAAACUCUUGUGAAAGAAUUGGAAAAGCGAGGAGUUCUAAUAGAAGAAGAUGGAAGAAAAGUUUUUUUUGUUGAAGGAUUUAAUGUUCCCCUUACUGUGGUUAAGUCAGAUGGUGGUUACACUUAUGACACUUCUGAUUUAGCUGCUAUACGACAAAGAAUUGAGGAAGAAAAGGGUGAAUGGCUUAUAUAUGUAGUUGAUGCCGGUCAGUCUUUGCAUUUGGAAUCAAUUUAUAAGGCUGCCAGGCAAUUAAAAUUCUGCCCACCACAAGUUAGAACUGAUCAUGCAGCUUUUGGGCUUGUGUUAGGGGAAGAUAAAAAGAAAUUCAAAACUCGAUCUGGCGAUACUGUGAAACUCGCUGAUCUCUUAGAAGAAGGAUUACAAAAGAGUUUGCAAAAGUUAAAAGAGAAGGAAAGAGAUGAGGUUCUGACUCCUGAAGAACUCAAGGCUGCUCAAGAAGCUGUAGCAUAUGGCUGUAUAAAAUAUGCUGAUUUAAGUCACAAUCGUAUACAUGAUUACGUGUUUUCUUUUGAAAGAAUGCUUGAUGAUCGAGGAAAUUCUGCUGUUUACUUAUUGUAUUCUCUUGUUAGAAUUAAAUCGAUAGCCAGAAAUGUUAAUGUUAGUGAAGAAGCUAUAAAAAAUGCUUUGAAAACAACAGAGAUUUCUCUAGAUCAUGCCAAAGAAUUGAAGCUUGCAAAAAUGAUUUCAAGAUUUCCAGAAAUAAUUAUCAAUGUGAUUGAAGAUUUAUCUUUACAUUCAUUAUGUGAAUAUCUCUAUGAACUGUCUGUGGUGUUCUCUGAAUUUUACAAAGAUUGCUAUGUAAUUGCAAAGGAAACUGGAGAAGUGAAUAUGAGCAGGCUGUUACUAUGUAAAGCUACUGCUAGUAUAAUGACUACUGGUUUUCAUAUUUUAGGAUUAAAACCUUUAGAAAAGAUGUAAUUGUUGUCUAAUUUAAAAUAAAAUGAUUUUUUAAAGUUA